CCAUCUUGAUACUCCCAAAACAAGCACGUCGACCCGUGCGUUCAUCGCCAGUUUCGUGGCUGAGAAAACGUUCCACAGGACAAAAGUGGACGGCAAGAGCAGUAACAUGUCGGAGCGACGCCGCGCCUUGCCGUCGUGGAUGUGCAAAAAGGGCGACGGGGAGAAGGAAAAGCAGCCUCUGAAGACAAGCAGGAAGAAGAAAGUAGCGAGGGCUGUUGUUUACUGCAUGAACGAGAAAGAAUUAGUCGAAACGGCUGCUGCCUAUCUUGGUGACCAGCGUGAAACUCUCCUGUUUGACCAGCAGGCUCGAUCCAAGACGAAGGACGCCGCUCGAAAACGGGUCUCCUCGGGGGAGAGGACCGGCAAGCGGGCGGCUACGGAGGACGGGGAAGCGGCGCGCGAACACGCCCGCGUCUCGGAGACCGACUUGGAUGUUGCCGAGACGGAGACGCUCCCGUACGCCGGAAGCGACCGCGGCGGCGAAGACUCGGCCCGACGGCGGACGGCCAAAACGGAGGGGCGGCGUUUGACCGAAAACCAAAGCGGCGACGACGGCGUGCGCCUCGUGCGAGAAAUCUUUUUCAACCGAUAAUACGACUCGGACGUCAUUGUUGACUUGUUGUGGACUCGUUCGUCGUACGUUCCAGACGUACCUGCGAUAGCUGAAAAUCCAGAAUAAAGAGGGAACAUUUUUCUUUUUAUAACCAAUAACUUGGUCAUCCUCACAAGGGUGGCGCAACAAAAGAACACCAGCCCAACUAUGAAGCGACGUCGUGCGGUGGUGGCGUCAUUCAUUGCGGUGAUUUUCUUCACCUGGAACUAGCACCUUGAUCAAGGGAGGGGGGGGGGGGGGAGAUUAUGAACAUGCAUCCAUUUUCCUAGCUGCUUAUCCUCACAAAGGGCACUGGAGAUUGUCCCAGCUGUCAAAGGGCAGGAGGCGGGGUACACCCUGAACCGGUCGCCGGCCAAUCGCGGGUAACAUAGAGACAAACAGCCACAUUCACAAUCACACCUAGGGUCAAUUUAGAGGGUCCAAGUAAUGUCGCAUGUUUUUGGGACGUGGGAGAAAACCCACGCGGGCACGGGUAGAACAUGCAAAUUCCACACAGGCGGGUCCGGGAUUGAACCCGGGACCUCAAAACUGUGAGGCCGACGCUUUGCAGCUGAUCCAGUCAUACGUAUAUUAAAAUAAAAAAAAAAAUCACUGUAUUUUCUGCUCAUCUGGAGGACAAAAAUACUCCAAAUAUUUGUCUUCACCUGCGGGUGUCAAACCAAAGGCCCGCAGGCCAGGUCCGGCCCUCCCCACGAUUUUAUGUGGUCCGCAAAGGCAAAUCAUCUCUCAAUGUCCGUGAUUCUUGUCAAAAUCCGUACCAACAUUUAAAAUUGUCAUAUAUAAAAACAAAUGUAUUUUUGUGCUACCAGGUUGAAAAGCCCGUUACCCUUGACCUUCACUACAAUGUGACUCGCGCCAAAAAUGAGUUUGACACCCCCGCCCGCACCAAAUGUUACAUCACUGUUAAAAGCUUGUUUGUACGACACUCAAAUGACUAUCGGGUCCCUGCAGAGGGCAGCGUUGCACCGUUUUGGAUUUGAUUCCAGCACAGUUUUUGAGUCAAAAGUAUAUCUCGGUGAUUAUCACUCGAUUAUGUCACAGGUGUCAAACUCAAGGCCCGGGGGGCCAGAUCUGGCCCGCCACGCGAUCUUAAUGUGGCCCGCAAAGGCAAAUCGUGUACGUCAACUUAUGUAAUUCUUGUUCAAAUCUGUACCAAAAUUUCAAAUUGUCAUUACAUGAAUAAUAAUAAUAACAUGAAGGUAUUGCAAGCGUUUUUACGUGAUCAAACAUCAACCAUAGUUGAAAAACCCGUUACCCUUGAUUGCUGAUUCCAAAAAAUAGUUCAUAAUUUUCAUCUGUCAGUAUAAUGAGGCGAUGAAAAAUUUAUAUGGUUCCACGGUCAAAAUGGGCUGUCACUACAAUGUGACCCGCGCCAAAAAUAACUUUGACACCCUGAGGGCAGAGGGCAGCGUUGCACCGUUUUGGAUUUGAUUCCAGUUUUUGAGUCUCGGGAUUAUCACUCGAUUAUGUCACAGGUGUCAAACUCAAGGCUCGGGGGGCAGAUCCGGCCCGCCACGUGAUUUUAAUGUGGCCCGCGAAGGCAAAUCGUGUACGUGAAUUUCCGUGAUUCUUGUUCAAAUCUGUGCCAAAAUUUCAAAUUGUCAUAUGAAUAAUAAUAAUAACGUAAGCGUUUUUACGUGAUCAAUCCUCAACGAUGGUUGGAAAAACCCGUUAAGACUUGAUUUGUGAUUCCAAAAGCAAUUCAUAAAUGUCACGUGUCAAUAUGAUUUUAACGGUUUCACAGUCAUAACGGCCCUCUGAGGGGAAACCCGAACUACGAUGCGGGCCGCGGCAGAAAACCACUUUGACACCCCCUGGAUUAUGCGGACGUCGGACGGAUUUAGACACCACGCGGUCCCGGCGAGAGUAUGCGCCGGUGGCCCAGAAAUACAUGAAAAUACUAUUUGAGGCGUCAGGUGGCGUCCCAGAAAAUGUUGCAAAAGUGAGAAAAGGUGACGAGAGAUGACCGACCAACGUGUAAAAAUAAUCGACAAUGAUCGCUAAAUAUUAUUUUGCCAUCAAAAACCCUUUCUCGGUCUUGUUGCUUCGUGGUUUGAGGUGUCACGAACGCAAAUUUGUUCGCAUCAAAGUCACCGUUCUGCUUUGUUUCUUUUUACACACACACACACAAAAGCUCGUUUAUAUAAUAUAGUGCAUUGUUGUCGUUGAUCACGUAACACGUCGUUAUGACGUCACGGCAAGUGAGCGGGAAUGGGUGUGACGUCACGGACGAACUGUCUCAAGUGGCGAGUGAGGCGAGUUCGCUGCAUUCCAGUCAGGUUGGAGUGAGAUGCAGCGUGAAAUGCUCAGUGAAUCCCGACUUCACGUACUGACGAGCAGCCCCUGAACGCAGCACUCGGCCCGACCCGAACGCAUCUUUCCAAGUCGUUUGAGCGGCCAAACGCUGUUUUACUUUCUCCCUUUGCGCAUUUGAACGACGCCUCCGUCAAUAUUCAUGCAAAUAUUGACGAGGAAGCUUUGACAAUUUUGAGUCAAUAGAAGGCGUCGAGGGGUUCUCGGGAGCGCGCGCGCGCUGCCGAGAGAAGGGGGGGGGGGCCGCGGGGCCGCGCGACCGGAAAGAAGGCGGGUGUGCGCGCCGUCGGCCGGCCAGCCUCCAUCAAAGGUUCACGAUGGGAAACAAGAUCAUUCGGAAGCGCGAGUCUACUGUCAGCGCCGGCGGCUCGCAGCAGGAUUCGGUCGAGGACCAAAAGACCGCGGUAAAAGAAGGUUCUGAUGCAACCGCCGCCCGGCAGACUGCGCCAGCGGAGGAGCUUGACGUAGUGUUAGGGGAGCAAGUGUCUGAGACGCCGUGUCUCCCCAAGGAAGAGUGCGUAUUUCUUCCUGAACCGAUGCCAGAGGCGUGUGUUAAGGUGGAUUUCGAGACCCUGCCGGCCCCGAGGGAUGCGCAAGUCCCAGAUGAAGAGAAGGAUCCGAUUCCGUCUGCAUCUCCUUCACUUGACCUGAGCACCAAUCUCUCCACCCCGCCGUACCAAGCGCCCGUCCCGGAGGACGACUUUGCAGACGCUCCUGCUGCCCCUGAGGGAACUUCAGGUGGCACCGGGGCGGCUGCGAGCGGCGCCUCGGAUCCAGAGCCUACGUCGGAGGCAGGGGAUGUCGGGAAUUUGGAGGCGGGGACCGACGAGAAUUCAGAGGAAAGCCUCAGUAAAUGCCUGAAGGAGUUGUCGCUGAUGGGAAACGAUCCAGACCUCGUUGAGGGCGCCCCCGUCAACACUGAGCUGAUCUGUGGAUCGCAAGAUCCGUAAUCCCUCUCCGAGAAUCGAAACACUGACGUCAUCGGGUUUUGUAUCAAUAAAAGGUGAACAGCUUUA